CAACGUCGUUUUGUGGCGUUCCUGAAGACGCGCUAUUGACUGUUGGCGAUGUGACUUGGCAAAAUAAUAUAAACCAUCACCUCGCCUCGGGUCGACGUUGAUCAUCAAUCCCAUUCCUCGAAUCUGCUAGACGCUCGUUCAUUCCUCAAGUGUCGCUACGAGCUAUCCAUCUUUCACAAUGGCGAUCCGAUCCCUUUUCCAGGCCUCUUUGCUGGCCCCUCUCGUCUCCAUCGCUUCCGCAAAGCCCAUCUUCACCGGAAGCAAUGGUUCAUUCGCGGAGACGCAGAAGCUUGCUGACCCGAAAUACGGCCCAACACCGGGUGAAGACCCAAUUUUCAGCACAUACUAUGGUGUUGAGGCCCCUUUCCCUGGUUAUCUACGAGAUGCCGUUUUACCAACCAAGACCGGCCCGCCCGGCGAGGAUGAUCAAGUCUGGCAGAACUUGCUAUCCGCCGAAUGGAUUAUUUUCGACUUCUACCAACAAGCCGUCGAGGCUUUCAACGCGUCGGCCUUCGUCAAAGCCGGCUAUCCUAACACCACAUACCAGCGUAUUCAAGAGAUCCGAAAUAAUGAAGCCGGUCACUUGCGCAUCUUCCAAAAUCAAAUUUCACCCACUUCCGUCAAACCCGGCGCCUGCCAGCACCAGUACCCAUUUGACGACCCCAUUUCCUUCCUAGCUCUAGUAACUGUCCUCGAAAUUUCGAGUAUGACUUUCUUAACUGGCCUUGUGGAGUCAGCCAAGCUUGAAUCAUCGCAUGGAGCUAUGAUCGCAAUUGCUGAAACCGAGGCGCGCCACGAAGCCUGGAGUUUGCUUGAGAUCUGGAAGACCAACCCCUUCGGUGGCCCAUCCGAUACCGUUUUCCCCUAUCCCAACCAAAUUCUCGACACGACCAACGCCUAUAUCGUACCCGGCAGCUGCCCCGCUCAGAACCCCGAAUACCCAUCGCCGCGCCAAGGACUGCCCGCCUUAAGCGCCGCUAAGAACACCACGUCUCUGUUGCCUGGGUCGAAUAUCGGGCUCAGUUUCGUCGACCCCACGAACCAGCCUACCUUCGACGCGAACACCCAGUACUACGCUGUCUUCUUCCACGGCACAAACAACAUCAGUGUACCUAUCAAUACGUCGUGCUACCCCGCGCAGGAGAUCCGCGUUACAAUCCCCGCGCAGUUCGAGACUAAGGGUGUUAUUGUCGCCGUCGUAGCCGACACGCCUGGUGCCCCUACCAAGGAGUCCGUCGUUGCUGGCCCGGGUAUCAUCCUCGAGCAACCUGCCGCAUUGGCCACCAAGUUAUUGUAAAUAUGAUUCGAUGAGGGAUUCGGGUUGGAGUAUAUGUAGGUAGUGUGGGAUGGUUAAUUUGUCGUUAUAUAGAUGGGAGGAUUGCUUAGAUACCGGUUUACUCUAAAAAUUUUGGCAAUGUCAAUGUUUAAUC